CUCGAGUCACUGCCUGGGUUCGACGGCCACCCAUAACAUUCCGCCGACUCCAUAAGUCAUCGUCCCAACUGUCAGGGUACUGACUAGCCGAAACCAACCUUCAACAACGCGGCAAAACCAUUCCUCUGUUUCCGCUUAUAACUUUUUCUUUGCCUGCGCCUCCCGCAGUAUAUAACAGAGCAGGCCAAGCAAUUUGCGUCGUUUCUUUCUUCUCCUUACGCCGGUUCCUUCCUUUCACCGACCAACAACGCACUCAACAGUUACGCAAGAGUCAGCCCCGCCCUGCGCUUAAAUCACUCUCGAAAACACACUCCCCGCUUCAAACCCAUCAAAAAUCCGUCAAGAUGUCUGCGUGGGAUACCGCCGAGGUCAAGAUCGGCAAGAAUGUGCGUAGCGGUGGCGCUCCGCGCGAGACGGUUGUGCGCAGCCAGUCGGCGCUCAACGCGGCCAAGAGGUCUGGCGCUGCAAUCGUCACAGAGAAGAAGUAUGCCGUGGGCAACUCUGCUUCGAAACCCGCCGUAGAAGGCCAGCGUCUCACCAUGGUAGACCGGGCCGACGACAUCGUCAAGCCCAAGACGGUCGGCAUCGAGGUGGGCAAGGCGAUCCAGAAGGCCCGGAACGAGUACGCCAACGCCCAAGGCGGCAAGGGCAUCACGCAGAAGGAGCUCGCGACAAAGUGCAACACGACACCCACCAUCGUGGCCGCCUUUGAGCGCGGCGACGCGGCGCCCGACCAAAAGGUGCUCAGCGCCAUGGAGCGCGUGCUCAACGUCAAGCUGCGCGGAAGUGACAUUGGCAAGCCCAAGUUUGAGAAGAAGGACAAGAAAUGAGUUGGGUGAUUUCUGUCAAAGGAAGACUGGGUGAUGGAUCUGAUUCCGCGUUGAUAGAGCCUGCGCUACCAAGCCAAUGGGGCGUUGCCGCGUCCUGGGUGAUUUGCUCUGCCCUGAUACUGGACGUGGGUGGUGAUGGGAGGGACUCAACAGCAGCAAGGGAUAAGCUGCUGUACGAUGGACGACGGUCGGGAUUACGAGGGUGCGCUCUCAUGGCUUUGGGUUGAUUUUAGCGAGGGCUCAGGGCUCAAAGUGCAUAUGCUUCUGAGGUGGCGUUUGCACAACACGGGGCCGUCUCGGUCUUGCGAUUAGAACUUGUUAGAAGGC